AUGGCUGGAGGUGGAAACAAGAGAGACGAAGGAUCGAUCACGAUUCAGAGCACCAAUUUGUUCGCAGCUUUGGACACUCGCAAGAAGAAGAAGUCUGAUAAGAGCAAAGGGACUUCUCUUUUGCCUCUCUCGCUGCUGAAAUUGGUUGUGAUUUUUGCUGUAUGCCUGUUGGGAUUUGACUUGAUGGCAGAAAGUGAAAGUGAGGAAGACAUUCUUGAUGAAGGUGAUGAUGAUGUCGAGGAAGAUCAGGAACAGGAAACAGAGGUGCAAGUUCUUCCGGAACCAGAGCCUGAGGUGAAGAAAGCUCCUGAAGUUCCUGCACCUCCUAAAGAGGCAGAGAGGCAACUUUCGAAGAAAGAGAGGAAAAAGAAAGAACUUGCUGAGCUUGAGGCUUUGUUGGCAGAUUUUGGAGUUGCCCCUAAGGAGACUAAUGGCCAAGAAGAUUCUCAAGAGGCUAAGCAAGAAAAAAAAGAAGAGCUCAAUGGAGAGGGAGAGAAGAAGGAAAAUGCAGCAGGUGGGGAAUCAAAGGCAUCGAAAAAGAAGAAGAAGAAGGAUAAGCAAAAGGAGGUCAAAGAAUCUCAAGGGCAGCAAGAAAACAGUGUUGUAGAUGAAGCUACCGGGUCUGAACCAACUGAGGAAGAAUCUGCAAUGGAUGUCAAGGAGAGGCUAAAAAAGAUUGCAUCCAUGAGGAAGAAGAAAUCAAGCAAAGAGACGGAUGCUGCAGCGAAAACCGCCGCGCAGGAGGCGGCUGCAAGACGCGCGAAGCUGGCCGCUGCAAAGAAGAAGGAGAAGAACCACUAUAACCAACAGCCUGUGCGGUAAAUCCUGAACCAACCACCAUUUUGAUUUUGAUGGAAAAUAUGAGCAUGUAUUUCAUAUAUUUUGUUCAUAUGAGUCUCCCUGCCGUAAUAAAUGUUUUGAGAGUCUCUGGUCUUAGAGUUUGAAGACAUUGAAUCCUUUUUUUUUUUCUAGUCGUAUCAUGAUGAACAAGGUACAGACAAAUACCUCAUCUCUGGAAAAUUUCCUUUCUUUUUGAACACUUCUGUUUUUUAUUUUAAUCUCAGACCCUUUUUUUAGGUUCGAUGAUUGCAUUCUCUCUUUAAUCAUCUCCUUAUGUAUGAUUUGAGAGUUGCUUUAUGGUUACGUUGGAUUACCAACUUUAUGGUUU